AUGCUGGCCGAGCAGCAUGAUUCCGCGUGUCAGGAUUCCGAGAGGACGUUUACUCGUGCUCCGGACGAGGAGCCGGCGUCGCAAAGCAAGGACCAAUCGCAAUGCAAGGACCCGUCGCACGGCAGUCGCAAGGACGACGAAUACCACACUGGCGGCGCUGCCUCCCAUAAACGGCAACGAGAGGAACCGAGCGAGACGAGUAGCAACAAGGCCAAUCGGGAGAAGAUGCGCCGCGACCGACUCAACGACAGGUUCGAGGAGUUGGCGCGGGCGCUGGAGCGGAGCGAGCUGGCGCGCGCGGACAGGGGGAGCAUUCUGGUGGACGCGGUGCGCGUGCUGGCGCAGCUGAGGGCGGAGACGAGCCGGCUGAGGGGCUCCGCGGAGCACAUGAGCGAGCAGAUCCGCGAGCUCAAGGCGGAGAAGAGUGAGCUGAGGGAGGAGAGGGCGCGCCUGCUGGCCAACAAGCAGCAGCUGGAAGACGAGGUCCGCCGCUUGGCCGCAUCUGGUGCCGCCCAAUCCACCGCCGCCACGUCAGCAGCAGUAUCGAUGGUUUCUUCAGCUGCCCGGCAGGCAGCCGCUACUCCUCCUCCUCUUGGGUUUGCUCCUCCUGGUUCUCCUGGUGCUGUGCCCGUGAUGCUGCAUCCGGUGUGUGAGCCGGGCAAGCUGGGCCCAAUGGCACCGUCCGACGAGUUCCGCGGCGCGGACGGGCGCGUGUACCACUCGCACGACGGGCUCGCGCCGCACUCGCACGAGCCGCUCGACAGCGCGGGGAGCUUCGCGCUGCGCGCGCCGCCCCUGCCGAACCGCGACUUGGCGGAGCGCGCGUUUACCGUUGGAAUCGGCGGCCCCGUCGGAUCAGGAAAGACUGCCUUAAUGCUCGCUCUGUGUCGCACGCUGAGAGAGAAGUACAGCCUGGCAGCGGUGACCAACGACAUCUUCACGCAGGAGGACGGCGAGUUCCUGAUCAAGCACGCCGCCCUCUCGCCGCCCGGCCGCAUCCGGGCAGUGGAGACGGGCGGCUGUCCGCACGCCGCCAUCCGGGAGGACAUCAGCAUCAACCUGGGGCCGCUCGAGGAGCUUUCUACCCAGUUCAGUGCUGACAUGCUGCUGUGCGAGUCAGGGGGGGACAACCUCGCGGCCAACUUCAGUCGAGAGCUAGCGGACUACAUCAUCUAUAUCAUUGACGUGUCGGGCGGGGAUAAAAUCCCCAGGAAGGGCGGCCCUGGCAUCACCCAGGCGGACCUAUUGGUGGUGAACAAGACUGACCUGGCACCGGCGAUCGGUGCUGACCUGGCAGUCAUGGAAAGAGACGCGCUGCGCAUGCGGGAUGGGGGACCGCUGGUGUUUGCACAGGUGAAGCAUGAAGUUGUAGCGCCAGCCAGAGUGGACCGUGUGCCUUCUGAGUCGAUUCACAAGUCAUGUGCUCCUCAUGUAUCCCGCCCUUCUCCCUUACCUCCUGCCGGCGCUCCGCCCAUCCUCCUCCUCACCACCUUAACUUCCAUAAAUCAUGUGCUCACAGCAUAUCAUCCCACCCACCCAUCCCCAUGCAUCCCUCCCACCCAUCCCCAUGCAUCCCUCCCACCCAUCCCCAUGCAUCCCUCCCACCCAUCCCCAUGCAUCCCUCCCACCCAUCCCCAUGCAUUCCUCCCACCCAUCCCCAUGCAUUCCUCCCACCCAUCCCCAUGCAUCCCUCCCACCCAUCCCCAUGCAUACCUCCCACCCAUCCCCGUGCAUUCCUCCCACCCAUCCCCGUGCAUUCCUCCCACCCAUCCCCAUGCAUUCCUCCCACCCAUCCCCAUGCAUCCCUCCCACCCAUCCCCAUGCAUUCCUCCCACCCAUCCCCAUGCAUUCCUCCCACCCAUCCCCAUGCAUUCCUCCCACCCAUCCCCAUGCAUUCCUCCCACCCAUCCCCAUGCAUUCCUCCCACCCAUCCCCAUGCAUUCCUCCCACCCAUCCCCAUGCAUCCCUCCCACCCAUCCCCAUGCAUUCCUCCCACCCAUCCCCAUGCAUCCCUCCCACCCAUCCCCAUGCAUCGCUCCCACCCAUCCCCAUGCAUCCCUCGCACCCAUCCCCAUGCAUCCCUCCCACCCAUCCCCAUGCAUCCCUCCCACCCAUCCCCAUGCAUCCCUCCCACCCAUCCCCAUGCAUCUCUCCCACCCAUCCCCAUGCAUUCCUCCCACCCAUCCCCAUGCAUCCCUCCCACCCAUCCCCAUGCAUCCCUCCCACCCAUCCCCAUGCAUCCCUCCCACCCAUCCCCAUGCAUCCCUCCCACCCAUCCCCAUGCAUCCCUCCCACCCAUCCCCAUGCAUCCCUCCCACCCAUCCCCAUGCAUUCCUCCCACCCAUCCCCAUGCAUCCCUCCCACCCAUCCCCAUGCAUCCCUCCCACCCAUCCCCAUGAAUUCCUCCCACCCAUCCCCAUGCAUUCCUCCCACCCAUCCCCAUGCAUCCCUCCCACCCAUCCCCAUGCAUCCCUCCCACCCAUCCCCAUGCAUCCCUCCCACCCAUCCCCAUGCAUCCCUCCCACCCAUCCCCAUGCAUCCCUCCCACCCAUCCCCAUGCAUCCCUCCCACCCAUCCCCAUGCAUCCCUCCCACCCAUCCCCAUGCAUCCCUCCCACCCAUCCCCAUGCAUCCCUCCCACCCAUCCCCAUGCAUCCCUCCCACCCAUCCCCAUGCAUCCCUCCCACCCAUCCCCAUGCAGUCCCUCCCACCCAUCCCCAUGAAUUCCUCCCACCCAUCCCCAUGCAUCCCUCCCACCCAUCCCCAUGCAUUCCUCCCACCCAUCCCCAUGCAUCCCUCCCACCCAUCCCAUGCAUCCCUCCCACCCAUCCCCAUGCAUCCCUCCCACCCAUCCCCAUGCAUCCCUCCCACCCAUCCCCAUGCAUCCCUCCCACCCAUCCCCAUGCAUCCCUCCCACCCAUCCCCAUGCAUCCCUCCCACCCAUCCCCAUGCAUCCCUCCCACCCAUCCCCAUGCAUCCCUCCCACCCAUCCCCAUGCAUCCCUCCCACCCAUCCCCAUGCAUCCCUCCCACCCAUCCCCAUGCAUCCCUCCCACCCAUCCCCAUGCAUUCCUCCCACCCAUCCCCAUGCAUCCCUCCCACCCAUCCCCAUGCAUCCCUCCCACCCAUCCCCAUGA